CCUCAACCAAAUAACGUGUAUGAGGUGUCCUUGGAUAGCUUUUGAAGUCUAUUUUUAUAAUUGAGUGGUCUCAGUUCGAGAGGAGAGAGUAAUCAUCCAAAAAUCGAUCUGGAACGAGCAGUGGUCUGUGAACUCGAGCUGUGAGAGUGCUGAGACUGUUUGGUUGAUAUCUCGAGUUUUACCAGUCCAAUUAAGGCGUGUGAGAUACCAAAAGAAAGCUCUCAAGACGAGGAAUCCGUGAAGGUCUGGUUUGCAUCAAUCGGAGUAGAGGAAGGCUUCCAAAUCGCCCGAGCAGAACGCGACCUCGCAGGAACGGAUUUACUCUUCUAAGAAUCGAGUUAGCCGGAAAACACCCGUUCUAGGGGCUGUUUUCGUAUCAACGGUUAGGGGUUGAAUUAGCAACUUGAGGAAGCUGUUUAACACCCAUUUUCAAGCAAGGAACCAGUUCUCAAUCUUCCUUGGCCGAGGCUUUGGUCAUUGGAUCGAGAAGGAAAGUUUUAAAGCUCAUUUGAGGUUGAGGCUAGAGCUUGCUUCCUGUGCUCGUUGCUCGAGUAAUCAUCUAGGAGGGAAGACUUGGUUCGUGCUUCCUCCAUUCGGUUUUUAAACAUUAAUAAACAUGCUCAUGGAUAUUUUACAAUAGAGCCUGCGCGCUCAUGAAUAGCCAUGUGUGGCCCUUUUGUUUUAAACAAUGUUUUCCGCUGCGUUAUGAAUUACUUAUUAUGUUUGUUUAUGGAUGUAUAUGUGUGAAUGAUAUUCAAGACGCCUUGUAUAAUAUGAAAGUGUUGGACUGCGGUUGACUAUUCGUAUUGUACGGCGGGUUGUUGACGUGUCCGGAUAGGUCCGGGGCGUGACAAUUAAGUUGGUAUCAGAGCCUUAGUCCAUAAACUUCAUAAUGAAGUCUCAAAAUUCUCUUUUUGAAAAGAUUUUGAAAACCAUGAGCAUAGAAGUUUUGUACUUGGAGAGCUUUUGGUACUUGGGUUGCAAGGUCUCUAAUUGUUAAGAUGGUACCCUUAGCAAUUGGUAUGGCAGUGACUCGAGCCAAAAUGUGUCUUAAGUACCCAUCCGUCAAUUGACAUUUGAUACGAGUCUAACGACUCUUUCCCAAUUUCUUUCAGAAAUGGACCGUGGUGGCAGGAUUACUAGGAGAAACCCGACCGGCCGUGUACCAGAGGAGACUGGACAGGGCAGUCGAAGGACCUCUAGGGCAUCUAGAGGAGCUGGCCGUGGAGGCCGAUCACAGACCGUGAGUGACGGUCAUGUCGACACAGAAAGUGAAACCUACUGGUCCUAUGAGGACUCGACUUACCAACCGGGGACCGAGCCGGUUGAGACCCCUUACGAAGGGGAUGACGAUGAUGUGAGCGAUGAAGAGGGGGAGAAUGACUCCCUAGCAAGAAUAGAGGCGCUGCUCCAACAAUAUCAACGGGAGCGCGAGGAAAGGAGGGAACGCCGAAGGCGCCGAGGAGGGCGAACUUCGGGUGGGGCUUCAAGAGGAAGAAGCCAUGGCGACUCUAGGGCCCACAUUGAACCACAUGGGGGCCGGGGUGAUGGAGGUCCGAUCAUAAGGAUCUCCAAAUACCUCAAGGAGGCACGAGACUUGGGGUGCAAACCCUUCAACGGAGCGGGUGACAUCUCGGUCGCCGCGGAAUGGAUCAAGAGGCUGAACGAAGCAGCCCUUGAUAUGCAACUCACCCCCGAGUUUAAGCUAAGGGUGGCGGUGAGGUUGCUCGAAGGGAUGGCAUCCACAUGGUGGGACGGAGCCAAGGGAAAGUAUGGCAACACGGUGACUUGGGAGAAUUUCCGACAGGAGUUCUUUGCCCAAUAUUAUUCUGAUUUUGAGGUGAACGCUAAAAGGAGAGAGUAUACCCUCCUGACCCAAGGUGGCAAAAUGACGGUGAGGCAACUUGAACACAAAUUCAGGGAGCUCGCGGAGUUCAUACCGGAGUAUGUGUGUGACGAGAACCGGAUGGUAAAUCACUUCUGGGAUGCCUUAGACCUGGAGGUGCGUGAGAGGGCAACUCAGUUGCCUAACAUGACCUUUAGCCAAGUGGUCGAGCAAGGGUUGAAAGGAGAGAAAGAAUGGGAAGAGAGAAAGUUGAAAAACGCCGAAGAGGCGAAGAAGAGAAAGUGGGAGAACCAUGGACCUCAAGGUCCUAACAAAAAGGGGAACCAUGGGGGAGGGGGAUCUUUUCGGACACCCCCACUGCCAUCUAGGGGAAGUCAAGGCCCGGGCGGGCAAUCACAAGCCUCGGGGGUGACUCGUUGCAAGAAUUGCAAGAGAAACCACCUGGGGAAAUGUCGUGACCCUCCUAGAUGCUACCAAUGCGGAAACACCGGGCACUUGAAGAUGAAUUGCCCACAAUUGGGUGGGGCAAGGUCAUCGGGACCAAGUAGUGGUAAUACCGGGACACGGAAUCAAGCCGGGACUUCACAAGCGUCCAGGGGGCAAGGGGGAGCAAGCGCAAGCAAUGCGCCGUCCGUGAAUCAAGGAAGGACUCAAGCUAGGGUCUACGCGAUGACGGAGGCGGAUGCUCAAGCUAACCCGGAUUCCGUUGCAGGUAUUGCCUCUCGUAUGCUAGUGUUUUGUCCUUAAUUAGUCCAUAAAUUGAGGUUACUAAUCGCUAGGAUUAUUGCACAAGGUUUUGGGGUCAAACCGGGGGAUUUCGGGCAACUUCAGGCGGCUGGAACCCAGGCACGAUCGUGCCUAAGGCAGACACGAUCGUGCCUCCAAGUCAGUAGCUGCCCAGGAAUUUUCCAGCCCAGGCACGAUCGUGCCUAAGGCAGACACGAUCGUGCCUACAAGGCAGUAGCUCCCCAGGUGUUUCCCCAAACCAGGCACGAUCGUGCCUAAGGCAGACACGAUCGUGCCUCCAAGGCAGUAGCCCCCAGGGUUUUUUUCCGGAGCCAGGCACGAUCGUGCCUAUCCCAGGCACGCCGUGCCUGGCACCCAGAUUGCCGAAAGGUGAUUUUUUCGCACCGUUUUGCGACGAUAAGACCUUUUUCUUGAUCCCUAACGUGCGUGUGAACAUUGUAACCUUCUAUAAAUGAGUAGAGAGGGUAGGAAAGAUGUCUUACACGGUUCAUGAAUGUAGGAACACUAAAGAUUAAUGGGAAGGAUGCGCGAAUCCUUAUCGAUACCGUGGCGCAACGUUCAUUUGUGAAUGAAGCAUUCGCCAAGAGAUUGGGAGUGCAAUCCGCACCAUUGAUGCAAACCUUAGUGGUAUCAACACCACUAGGGGACGACGUGGAAAGAACUUGUUAUUAUCCAUCUUGUGGGGUGGAGGUUAAUGGUCAAACCUUGACGUGUGACUUUGUACCGCUGAGCAUGAUUGAAUUCGAUGCAAUCCUAGGGAUGGAUUGGCUAGAAAGGAACCAUGCUAGGGUAGAUUGCUACACGAAGGUUCUUGAACUCGAAGGCAAUGAUGGGGAGACCCUACGCUUCGAGGGCGAUCGAGGGAGAUCAAAUAGCUGUAUCAUAUCCGCCGUGAGAGCGAGAAGUAUGAUGAGAAAGGGAUGCCACGCAUAUCUAGCAUACGUGGUUGACAAAACCAAAGAAGAAACAAACAUCGACGAUGUGAGGGUGGUUUGUAAGUAUCCGGAUGUCUUUCCAAAAGAUUUACCGGGACUUCCACCUGAUAGAGAGAUUGAAUUUGUGAUCGAGGUCGAGCCCGGCACCAAACCAAUCUCCAUACCGCCAUACCGUAUGGCACCCGCUGAACUUAACGAGUUGAAAACCCAAUUGCAAGAGCUUUUGGAUAAUGGUUUCAUUAGACCAAGCCACUCCCCGUGGGGAGCACCAGUCCUUUUUGUGAAGAAGAAAGAUGGGACACUUCGAAUGUGCAUUGACUAUCGUCAACUGAACAAGGUCACAAUCAAGAAUAGGUAUCCCUUGCCUAGGAUUGAUGACUUGUUUGAUCAACUACGAGGAGCAACCGUAUUUUCGAAGAUUGACUUGAGGUCGGGGUACCAUCAAUUGAAGAUUAAGGAAGACGACAUACCAAAGAGUGCUUUCCGCACAAGGUAUGGGCAUUUUGAGUUCCUUGUUAUGUCGUUUGGGUUAACAAACACCCCAGCGGCAUUCAUGGACUUGAUGAACCGAGUAUUCCAUAAAUACUUGGAUCGGUUCGUGAUUGUGUUCAUAGAUGAUAUCUUGAUUUACUCGAAGAGUGAAGAAGAGCACGAGGAGCAUUUGAUACUUGUUCUUGAGACACUACGGGAGAAGCAACUUUAUGCCAAAUUUUCUAAAUGUGAAUUUUGGCUAAAGGAAAUUGGCUUUCUCGGGCACGUGGUUUCAGGAUCGGGAAUUGCUGUUGAUAACAAGAAGAUAGAAGCCAUUACCGAAUGGGAGAGACCAAAGAAUGUCAAGGAAAUUCGUAGCUCGAGUGAUCAUCUAGGAGGGAAGACUUGGUUCGUGCUUCCUCCAUUCGGUUUUUAAACAUUAAUAAACAUGCUCAUGGAUAUUUUACAAUAGAGCCUGCGCGCUCAUGAAUAGCCAUGUGUGGCCCUUUUGUUUUAAACAAUGUUUUCCGCUGCGUUAUGAAUUACUUAUUAUAUUUGUUUAUGGAUGUAUAUGUGUGAAUGAUAUUCAAGACGCCUUGUAUAAUAUGAAUGUGUUGGACUGCAGUUGACUAUUCGUAUUGUACGGCGGGUUGUUGACGUGUCCGGAUAGGUCCGGGGCGUGACAUAUUCGCUCUGUGAUCCAAGGGGUCCAGUCAUUCUGGCUCCAAGUCUUUCCCGUGCCCCAAACCAUUUUAGAUAGAAUUGUCUCGAUUUGCCGAAUCUUUCUAUGGGGCGGCAAGUUCGCCAAAGUGGCUUGGGAUGACAUUUGUCUCCCUAAAGAGGAAGGGGGUCUUGGCAUUCAUAAUGCUAAGGUGUGGAAUCAUGCCCUCCUUGCUCGCACCCUUUGGGACGUGCACUUGAAGAAAGACACCCUUUGGGUGAGGUGGGUGAAUGGUGUUUACCUUAAGGGUAGAACCGUGUGGGACUUUGUUCCACACACCCGAGACUCACAACUUAUGAAAAGAUUGAGUCUUAUUCGGGAUAAAAUUCGGACUUGUUUUAAUAACAAUAAUGAUAUGAUUCUCGGCCUUAAUUCUCGGGCCUCUAAUGGCAAAUUAGCCUCCGCUAAGAUUUAUGAGUUGUUAAGAGUCAAGGGUGAAACUAGGACUCCUAUGAGUUUCAUAUGGAAAUCCUACAUUCCCCCGAAACUCUCUUUUAACGAUUGGCUGGCAUUGAGAAACCGACUUCCUACCCAGGAUAGCCUCGGUUAUCUCCAUAUCGUUAAUAGGUGUGACCUGCGCAAGGGUGAUUUGGAAACAAUACCACACCUUUUCUUCCUUUGCCCGUUCUCUUGUAGGGUUUGGCAGCACAUUAGGACUUGGAUGGGUCUUACUCAUGAGAUGACGACGCUUUUGAGUGUUGUGAAGUGGAUUAAAAAGACGCAUAAAGGUUCGAAAUUGAAGGCUAAAGCUACGCGCAUUGCUUUUUGUGCUACAGUCUACUACAUAUGGCAUGCGCGCAAUGAAAUGAGGUUCGAUGAUAGCAAGAAAACAGAAGAUGAUGUUAUUGCUAAGAUCAAGCACGUGACUUACAAGAUCCUUUUCAACACCUAUCCGCAUGAUUUGGUGACGUUCUGAUGUGGGCACAAAGUUUUUUGGGCCAUGGCAUUUAGUGUUUCUUGUAUACUGUUUUAGUGGUUUGUGCGUGCAUUUUGCAGCACUUGGCUUUUUGUUUUUUGGGCCGUGGCUUUUUAGCGCAUAGGCUUCGUUGAUGUUUGUUGAUUUCAAAAGCUUUCUCCAACCCUCUCCUAUACGUUUGUCACAGGAGGGGGUGGGGGAGCUUUAAAUUUUUGUACUCCUUUUGCUUGGAUGAUAUAUAUUUUUACGUUUCAUCCAAAAAAAAACUAGCACUACUAAAGAGAAAAUAAUAUUGUAAUAAAAUCUUUCCACAAAACUCUUCCUGGUAUGGAGGUGGUUCUGGAGGAGGAUGAACUCUUGCAAUAUGUAUGAAUACAAACUCAGCCACCGUUGGAGCGGCCGACCAAGGCUUCAUGAUCCAACACCGAUACAAAAUCUUAUCCGCAAUCUGUUCAUCCACCAACGUUAUCACCUCCGACAUAGGUGCAAUUCCAAGCGUCAGAACACUUAAAAUCAGAAUAAUCUGCCGCUUCAACCCCAUAUUGAUGGGGCGGCGGAAAAUCUCAACCCCUACAAAGAGGGGAGAUGGCCGCUAGGAUGUUAGAGAGAAGCCAGAGCUCUCCUCUCUCAAGAGAAAGAAGAUUAUUACCAUUGACUUCUUGUGUAAGUGGCUAUAGGGUUGUUACCCUAUGACUUCUUGCUCAAUUGGCUAGAGAAGUAGUUAAAACCUAGGGCUUUGAGAAAGUCACAUGAUGAAGGCACCCUGAGGUGCAUUAUUCGAGGCAGCUUGUGAAAAUUUACAGUAUUUCUAAUGGGAUAUGACAGUCAGUGGCGGACCGAACAUGGGGGCAAAUGGGGGCUGCUGUCCCCCAAAAUUUUAUUUUUCUAGGUAUAUUUAUCCCGAAAUUUUAAUAUAUAUGUAUUUGUACGUAUAUUUUUACCCUGUCACCCCUCCUAGCCGGAAUUCCUGCGUCCGCCGCUGAUGACAGUUUGCAUGAAAAACACAUUCAGGAGAUGACUCCUUGCUAAAGGUAGCUAAAUGUUUAGGGAUAUAGAAAUAGAUGGUGAAAUUUCUUCAAUGAACAUUAGAUUCAACUCCUUGCUAAAGGUAGCUAAAUGUUUAGGGAUAUAGAUUUAGAUGGUGAAAUUUCUUCAAUGAACAUUAGAUUCAAUACACAACGGCUAAUUCGGCUAUAUACUAAAGUUUUGAAAUUUUUUAAUGUGUCAAAUCACUUUGUGAUAUACAAAAUCUUUGAUGUGCAUCAAAUCCCCAUGUCGGGUACAUACAUAAAGAUUGAACUAGCAUAUACAUUUGUCAAAACCACAAAAUCAUAGAAAUGUACUACCCCGUAAUUACUUUUCUUUUAUUCAUCAAUUAAGUUUGUUCUUUCUAGGGAUUGUGAGUAUCAUUUAAUUAUAACUUAGAAUGGUUGAUGCAUUUUUAAAUCACAAUGG